UUUCCAAGAAGACUCGAGUUGAGAUCUUUACGCUACCUUAAUCUUUGUGAUUGCUCAAACCUUCGUGAAUUUCCUGAAAUUGGUUGUGAAAUGAAGUAUUUACGUUCAUUAGAUCUACUUCGCACCGCAGUGGAAGAACUACCUAUAUCUAUUAGGAACCUCACUGGACUUGAACUUUUAUUUAUAAAUGGUUGUAAAAGCCUUGUGCGUCUCCCAAUUAACAGCAUUCCUUUACUGCAAAAUUUACGCAAGCUUGGACUUGGUGGUCCAAUGGUGGAAGACGAGAUUUUAUCGAGGGAAGAAAAACUCCUUGAAUUGUUGCGUCCAACGAAUUCAAGCACUGCAUUACAAGUGCUGAAUCUUCCAAAUUGUCCCCAACUAGAAUCAAGUUUCUUUCCAAAAUCAAGUUUCUUUACUGUGUUUAAUUCCUUAGCCACUUUGAACAAGUUAAUUCUAUCAGAAAGUGAGAUGGUUAGCCUUCCCACGUGCAUCAAAGGAUUUGUUGCACUCCGUGAACUCUACUUGCGGGAUUGCGAGAAACUUGAAGAAAUCUUAGAACUUCCACCAAAUAUACGAAGUGUAGAUGCUACAGGAUGCAUGUCGUUACAAAGAUUUUCUAAAGUAUCAAGAAUAUUGAAAUUCAAUGGAAGCCACAUCAGGUCGCUAAGAAUGAUUCAAUUGGGUGGAUGCGAAAAAAUGCAUGAGAAGAUUUGGAAUUAUAAAGAGCCAAAUCCUUUACUGUGCAAGAGACAUUAUAAGGCCACUGCGUUAUCGGAAAAUGAGAUUCCAGAGUGGUUCUGGUAUCAGAAAGAAUUUUUAGAAAAUGAAAUUGCCAAGAGUGGGAAUGAUGGUGAUUUCCAGUUGAGGAAAAAUGAAGAAUGGGUAAUAAAUAUUGAGGGGCCACAUUAUUUGGAAGAUAUAAGUGGGAUUGUAGUAUAUGCCCUUGUGUUUAAUAAAGAAGCUCAUGAAAGUUCAGAUUUUAUUUAUGAUGCUGAGAUAACCAAUAACAACUCCAAUCAUGUACACCGUAUCGAUAUGAAGUGGUCAAUUUGAUUAAUAUUUAUUAUACAACUGGAAGCGGAUAUGACGUAAAGGUGGGGUACUCCGAUUUAGAAUCGUUUGAGCUAAAGGUUUUGGACAAUUUGAGAGUUCACCUUCGUCCUCAUCCCAAUGUUUGGGAUCCUUUGCUGGUACCCUUUUAUAGAAGUUGCGAAGCCAAUGUUGUAUACAAGGACAAGAGUAGAGCACAUAAAAGAAAAAAAAUGGAUUGAAUUAUUUUGGAAUUUUCAGUACUCUUGGAAUCCAAUCCGUAACCUUACACAGAAGAAAAGAGGGAUUCUUAAACUGGGGGCAUCAAACUUCCAAAG